AUGGCUGAAACAUAUGCAACUACCACAAUCAUUUUUCAUGUUCCUCAUACCGCACAGGAGCAGUGCAUACAUGCUGAUGACGUGGCACACCUGCAUCAGCAGCAGCACCAGCAGCAGCAGCAGCAGCACGUUGCUGCCGCUGAUGUGGCGGCCCACCAGCCAAGCCCUACUCCAGCUGACAUGGCCCAAGAGCAACAGGGUGCUGCCAGCAAGAGCAACAGCAGCACCAUCCCGUUGCCCCAAGCCAAGCUAACUCUCUUAAAGAGACCCUCAGGCCCUUCAGGCAAGCUGUGUCAGGCGAAGCUGCAAUUCAAACGCGUCAAGACCGCAGCUGCCUAG